AUGGGUCGUUCACCAUCACGAUCAAGCGAUGGCGCCGACUCUGGACUGAAUGCGCGCGUCGAACCGCGUCUUUUGAAGGCCAUCGAGGAUAAGAAACACGACGAUGCGAUCGCGAUUAUCGAGCAUGCGAAAGCGAAGUCGCAACCCGUCGAUCACCUCCUACGCAUAGGUUUGAUGCGCGCAGCCGAGCGCGGCAACAUAUACAUCACGGAAUACUUGCUCAAGAGUGGUGCGAAACCCGACGGCGCGCCAGGUGGCCGGGUUUCGCCACUGUUCAAAGCAAUUGAGAAGAACCAUGUCGGGAUUGUACAACUGUUGUUGAAGUUUGGAGGAAAUGUGGAUGCGCAAGACAAGCAGGGACGGACUGCCCUCAUGACGGCUGCUUGGAAGAAUUACUUCCACAUCAUGCAUGAGCUGCUAAGGUGUGGUGCCGAUGUCAACAAGAAGGACAAUACAGGACGGAACGUGCUUCACAAUUUGGCGGCAGACAAGCACUGCAACUGGGGACGCGAUGUCAUCGCAGAGUUGCUGAGGCAAAACAUCGCGAUCGAUGGACCGGAGGGUCAGGACGACCAGAAGCGAAGCCCGUUACAUUGGGCUGCCAGUACUGGAAAGAAGGAGCUGUGCGAAAUGCUACUGAGACGAACCAGGCUUCCGAGGGCGAACGUGAACGCUAUUGAGAUCAGACAAAAGACAGCACUACACCUGGCAAUCGCACACGGCCGAGACGACAUCAUCGAGCUUUUGCUCGUCCACGGCGCAGACGUGGGUGCAAAGAGUGAUGGAAGCUGGACACCUUUACACAAUGUCUGUCAACAAGGAAGUGUAAAGGUGCUGAAGAUAUUGAUGGCCGCUGGAGCAGACGUCAACGCGAAGUUACUUACUGGCAUGACACCCCUGCAUGUCGCGGCGCAGGCUGGUCAUUUCGACAUCGUCAAGUGUCUCUUAGAAAGGAAGGAUGUCAAACGAGCAGCCAAAGACAACUCCGGUAUUACGCCAUUCUUGCGUGCCGCACUAAGCAAGAGCCCUGCGCGCAAGGACAUUAUCAAUGCCCUGGCACCCCACAACCAGGUCGAAGCACUUAGCGAAGACGCCCUUGGCGCUACGAACGGUUUCCAUGCUACUGUUGUCGACUUUGGCAAUUUCCAUAACGAAAACAACGUCUCAAGAAAAUCUGUCUUCGAGCUGCUGUAUGCCCGUGAUGCUAUCAAUCCAAGGAAGCCAGCUGUCUCAAUUCUACCCAAGGAAUCCAAGGCGACAACCUUCCGAUGGAUCCACCUUCCUGCUAAUAACAUGGCCUGGAUCGAGGCAUUGCUCACAAAAGCAUUUAUCGAAGAAGGUGCCAGUGACGUGGAGGGCUUCAAGGCGCUUGAACGGUCCUUCAGCCACCAGCAUCGAGGACAACAGAUCCACUCACACUUCAUGCGACCGCUGUGUCAGAGCACACCGCGUGCACCGAAGCACCACGACGAUUCAGACCUUUCUGAUGGUGCCGAUCAGAUACCACAGAUCAUGGUAAAUAGUGGUUUAGGCCUGGGUAUUGAUGCGGUAGCUGGUUCGCAAGAGUUAUCGUCGUCACCAUUCCCUCGCACACCCAUGCGGACCAAUACCCUAGAUACAGAUCAGACAGAUGGUACUGCAGGGACGGGCUCUGGGCACGCGACUGCCAGGGAAGGGAGAAGUAAAGCAAAAGACAAACCCAAGAAGACACCAAAGUGGGGUGGAUCCAAGCAAGCUGGCAAGCGAUCUGGUGGAACAGAAACACCGACUAGAGGCCCAGAACACUAUGCAAAACGAACAAAUACCAGCUCUUCUCUCAACAACAGUGGCCACCUCAGGUCACCUGGUAGUCCAGGACGUAAAGACCCAACAGUCGUAGCGAAGGGCAACAUCUUCGCCUUCAUGCCUUACCUUCAUUUCGAAACCGAUCGACGGCGGCAGGAAAUGCAAGCUGCGAUCUCGAGAACGCAGAAGAUGAAAGAGCGCGAGAAGAAUGAAGGAGGCACGUCCAAGCCGCAGUAUUACCGCGCGUCAACUUACGAUGAGAUGCUUUUCAGAGCUCACUUGACAUCCUCACAAGUCUCAUUGCACGUGCGACGCACCUUGGAUCAGUUCUUCUACCACAACAUCGAUACGCAAUCGCGAGAUCGAGAUCAAGUUGUUUAUCGGUACCAAUGCAAGUCGAACGAGCCGCAGCAUGUCGACCCAAAAAUCUUCAUGGUCGACCAACUAUGGAUGUGGACACUCGGAAAAGACUUGAUAGUGACGGCUUUCCCUCAACGAUGGCAGCAGCCUCGUAACGACCCGCUCAACGUUCUUGAUGGUGUCAUUGAGGAUAUAAACAGCAAGACAAGGGAUCCGGUGCGCAGUGUAUACGAUCUUGCGAUGAUCAUCACUGGCCGCUGUAGUGGUGUUUUUGACAGACAUCGCGUUGGCGACGAAGACUACCAGUUUCUGGACAUGUUUGAGUCAAGUAUUGGCGAUGCUACGGAGAUGGAAACCAUGCUUUUCAAAGAUUUCAACAUUGCGUCGGCACAAGCAUCAGAGUGGCUACAUCAUCACAGACGGCCCAAUCGCUUCUCGAGACAUCUAGAGGCUGAGGGAAGGCAAAGAGAACAUCUGAAUCGUCGACACUCGUCGCAUCACUCACACGCGCAUGCAUUGGCUGAUCCUCCGGUUCGAGAAGAAGCAUUCGAGUACGACAACAGCGAUCGAACAGCUGCUCAUGCCCCACUAUUCGUCGACAAGCUGUUGGAUAUCGGCGCCGAAACCGACCUGCUAGCAGAGACCAAGGACAUUCGUGACGAACUCAACAUGAUAGCGAAGGUGCUGGAAGACCAACGCAAUGUGUUGCCAGACAUGGAGGCAAGCAUCACAGACAUAUAUCGCGAAGAGCACAAGAGUCAGCAAGACCUCAAGAGGCGGUUCAAAGACAUGCUUAAGACGAUUGACACACAUAUCAAGGAUCUUGAACGAAUGGACAAGCAGGCCAAGCGCAUCUACGAAUCCAUCACUGAUCUGCUCGAUCUGAAGCAGAAGCAUGCUAACGCUUUCGAAGCACGUUUCGCUCGAGACCAGGCUGCUGGCACUGCAAGACAAAGCCAGACCAUUAUGGUGUUUACGAUUGUCACCAUCAUCUUCCUUCCUCUGUCAUUCAUCGCAGCCAUGUUCACUAUCAAUAUCCAAGAGUUUCCACAUGAACCAGGAGGUGGCGAGCCUUCUCUCCCUCUAUCAUAUGUCAGCAAAUACAUGUUCGGCAUUGGCUUCGCAAUCUCCAUACCGUUUAUCGCCAUCGCGCUUUCCUUCGAUGCGAUUGGCGACUUCUUCCGCGAAUUAAAACAGCGUUUCCGCAAACGCAAGACUGAAAAUCAGCGAAGCCAACGCGAGGCCAAUGACCCCUACAGUGGUAUUGAGAAGACCGAUUUCGAAUACCCGUUUGACACACGCACAAUCGAACAGGCACUCAGCCGCGGGCGCAGUACGGCAUACCGCCCGGAUGGCAGGCGUAGCAUUGAAAGCUACCUCGGCAGUGCAAGGAGAACCGACGGUGGUUCGUUGCUUCCUAUCGCUAGUCGCAGUACUGGGAGGAGCCCGGAGAAGGGUGUUGCCAAGGGCUUCAAUGGCUUGAAUGGAACGACUACGAUGCCCGAUAGAUUGAGUGUAGAUAGAGCUGAGAGACAGAGUCCGAUUGAGAGAAUAAGCACGGGGUUCAGGAUGAGAGGAAGCGUGGAUUUUGAACGUGCUUAG